AUUCCAUCGUUAUCUGCAGAAGAUAUCUCCCACGAUUGGGCGCAUCCAUAAAGGGUUCGAACCUACCUCUCGCCAGUUGUCGCUGCCCAUGCUGACUGGAAGCUUCCCCCGUGUCGCCACCACCGCAGUGUCUCGCGUUAUUCUGUUUCCAUUGCUCGUCGCGCGCGUAACCGCUCUUUGAGAUCGUUUUACGGCACCGUUCGAAGGCAGUAUAGCAAGCAGUAUAGCAACUUGAGCGCUUGAUUUCGUUAUUCUACGUAUCCUUACGAGUGCAGAAAUUCGUACGUGCGGGUUCCGUGCGAGAAUUAAGUGUACACACACACCAAGCGCACACCGGACUCGAUUCGAAAUCCAAGCUCGCGGAUGUUGAUACGCGAGACCACUCUCACUCCGUGAUUGCUCCGUGAUCUAGUUGUGUUUUCACCGGACUCCCAGUUUUACACCGGAUGCCGAGAUAAGCGUGAAGCUCCGGUAUCGACCGUACCGUUCCGGGAUAGUUAUCGCUCAACCGCAUAGUUAUCUGGGAUAAUUAUCGCUCCGGUAGCCGGCGAACGUCAGGCGAGUUCAAGAUGACAAGAUCGAAAUGAGUGACUCGCUGAAUAUCACCGCAAUGGAGGCUCAAUACCUCGAGUCCGAAAAUUCUCUGAAGGUGUCCUCGCCGAACGUGGCGCGGCAAGACUCGGGCGUGCCGGAGGAUCUCGCCUCACCUAUCAACGAUGAGACACGGCCCCUCAGCGGAGAGGAGGAUUCGAAUCUUACUAUGAACAGCGAAUGCAACAUCACCGUGAUCCACGUUAGCGAAUUGGAAAGCUGUAAAGCGAGCGAGAAAUCGCACGCCGAGAACAAGGAUAGUAAGGAUGGUAGCGACAGCGGAGUCGAGGGCUGCGCCACAGAAACUCCGCGGGUGCGAAGGAACAGCGUCGAUUGUGGGAGCAGUUGCGGCGGCCUGGACGAGGCCUCCUGCGAUUCCAGUCUCGUCAGUUGCUGCUCGGUGUACGAGGAUCCAUGCGGAUCGACGCUGCCGGACGAUGUGCGGCUCGGCCCUACCGGCGGCGAGGGCACAAGCGAAGGCGGCAGCGAGAGCUCGUCCAUCGCCGGUAGCGUGUCUGCGCGAACGAGUCGAGGGAAUGUGAAGAGGACCGCAACCGCUUCGAGCGCGACGAAGAAGAAAACGUCGAGCGGCGCCGAGUCGCAGAAGAGCACUCGCGCGAAACCGACGAGCAUGACCUCGAGCGUGUCCUCCAGCUUGGGCACGACGACACCGCGAUCCAAAUCGCGCACGGUGACUCCUAGAAAUAUAUUGACCAAAGUACAAAGCGCGAGCCGGGAGAGAGAACGGGACAGGCCGCGAUCGCGGGAGAAAUCGGGCGCCCGAGAUUCGGGUUCCUCGCUCGCCGCGGAGGUCACAAAAACGCAUGUUGCUAGUCGUAGUGCGACGUACGGCUGUCGAUCCGGCGGCAGCACCGCAUCCAAUCUGGCAUCCAUACCGACUUCGUCCUCCGCCGCGAAGGCGAGGACGAGAGUGCUGCCCGACUCGCUGCCAUCCGCGCUGACUACGGAAAUCAACAAGGAUCUCGCGCAGCGUGGCGUGAGAACCGUCAAGGGUGACUCCUCGAGGGCCGCGUCCGGUACGCGAGGAGGGGCGUCGCGGACGCCGGCGUCCACGCCGUCCGAGGAAACGAGAGCGAGGAUACCGUCCCUUUCGAAUUCUCGCGUUCUCUGCGCAAAAACCGCUUUGCGCGCUGAUAGUAAAGUCGUCGGCCAGGAUAACAAAGCACUGGACACGUAUGCAACAUUGCCGCGCAGGAACAGAAAUAAAUUGAUGAUUUCGAAGGCCGUGGAGAAGGACAAGACGACCAGAAGUAGAUCCGGAAGUCGUGACGUUAGUCUCAGCAGAGCUCUCGAGAGGAAAACUAUUGGCGGAAGAGACUCGUCUUCCGUUCACAAAAGCUUGCCGCCGUAUCCCAGACAAAGAACUGUCGAGAGGACCCGUAUAUAUCAUGAAACCAGCGCGCAAACCGGCUUAACCGGGCAGGAUAUCGAGAACGUGAUGUCCGGACAGCCGAGCGCCAUCGCCGGGCCGGAAGUGAUCGAGAGGCUACACCAGAGUUGCCAGACAGAGGACGCAUGGAACGACGUGCAGACUCUGCAGGAAAACUUGAAACGCUUGAACGAGGAGAGCAGCAGUCGGCGAGAAGAAAACGAGAGACUGAAGCUCGAAUUGGCCGAGGCGAAUCGGCUCUUGGAAGAGGAACGAGCCGACCAUGCGUUCGCGCGUCAAGAGCUCGACAGGAACGCGCAACGGGUAUUGGCUAUGUUGGGCACGCCGCAAUCGGAGCAUGCAGAGGGCAGCGACAGUUUUCUGGAACUCGAGAGUCACAUACAGUCCUCGGGACAAGUCGUUGCUAAUCAACAGGUCGAAAUAGCUGAUCUGCAAUCACUUUGUCGUAUGCUGAGCAGGGAUUUGGAGAAAAGUCUAGCCGCGCAAAAAUCCUUGCUGCAGCAACAACAAGAAUUAGAGGCUGAAUCAGCCGAGAUGCAAGACUUCCUGCAAGAAGAGAAGGCCACCUUGGCGGAUGCGCUUAAGGACGCCGAACUAGAGCUCAAGAAAAAAGAAGAAAUUUUACUUCUGAAAGAGGCGGAUUUGGCAAGACAAACGGAGGAGUGUCAGCAUUUAGUGCGAAUUAGCGAACAAAGAAGGCAGGAGAAUUUAUCGAUGAGUAUGAAAUUGAAUGCCGUUGAACGAAGAAGUAGAGAACUUUUACUCACUCAAGGCGCUGCCAUGUCUGGAGCGGCUGUUGCUCUCUCUGGACUUAGCACCAGAUUAGAAGGAUUAGUAGAUCAAUUAAUCGCUUCCUACAAUAUCUCGAUAAAAGAUCUUGAAGACGUCAUAUAUCAUAAUGAAGCGUACAGCAGAAGUAACAGUAGCGUAGAGUCUAGUCCAGUUAGCUCUAAGCAGAGUUUGAAGGAGCGCACGCCGAGUCCAAAAAGCGGAUCCUUCGUUUCCGCAGUGAUCAGCGCGAUUCGUAACGCCGCAACGCAUCCUUUCGCAACGAGAAGCAUCGAUAAAAAGUCCAAUCUAGAUUCGUCCAAACAGAUUUACAAAGAAUUAAGUAUGGAAUCAUCGGAUCUGCUCGAUUUCGAGACCGAGCCGUGUCUAAUGAUGGAAAGCGUUCUAGAAGAUGUUCCCUUGCCCGACACGUACUCGCAUAAUAUGAUAUCGAGUAGCGAUUCUCUCCGAAGAGCGUUCAGUUUCUCCGAAACGACGGACGACGUGAGAAAAUCGAAGAUCAGUGACGAUUGUAGCAGUUUAACGAGCCUCACUCAGGCUAUUUUGCAUCGUCGUAAGGUGGAAGACGAAGGUGACGAUGAUUGCGAUUCCGUGAGCGAAUCUGACACCGGCACCAACGACGGUCCUCUGCCUUUAACUGACUAUUGUCCGUCCAUUGAUCUUGUCGAUCAAGUGAUCGAGGUGGACAAUCUUGUUACUAAACUGUUGAAAGUAUUACGAAUCAUACAGCUCGAUAAUGAUACGUGCAUACAGGAAUUAAAAGAAGAAAAAUCCAACUUUGAGAUGAAAUUGGAAGCCACUGUAACGGAAUUGAACGAGCUUCGCAAGAUUAUCGAUAAUCUGCAUCAAUCGCCGGAGGAGGUCUUGAACAACGUGUCGGACCGGCGACGUAGCGUCGUGGAGAAUUGUCGGAUUCUGCUCAAAGAGGCGGGUAAGGAGGAAUUAAAAUUUGACGAGGCCGUGCUUGCUAUUAAUAGCAGUCCCGGUGAAGUAGACUGUGAAGAUCUCAAUGCGAACGAGGCGACUUCCGUGUAAUGUCUUAGGAAUUUUGUAUAUUUUCUCAAGUUAUUAAUUAAGCAAUUUCGAUUUUUGAGAAUGUCCAUGUCAAUUUUGAUAAUCUUGUAUUAAGCAUUGACGUAUGAUUUAUUGUUAAUCAUAAAACUUCAGCUAAGGUUUCUAAUUUUUGCAAAUAAGUUGUCGAGCAAGUUUCGAGAGAGCACAUUUGUAUUGUAUACAUUUUUCCUUUUAUCGUAAUGGCAUGUUUUUGUGUAAUAAUAUUAAUUUUGGGUCCAGAUAUAUGUACAUAAUAUUGUACGUCGAGAUCAAAGAAUUGAAUCAAAUUUAAAUGAUUAUGUCGUUGGAUUUAAAGUGUUGUACGUCAAAAUAAUCGUUUAGGAAUAAAAUAAUUGUAGUCAAAAAAACUACAUUCAACUGUGCAUAGCAUUCAGAAAGAUGUUUGGUGAUUUUGCAUCGUAUAUUCUCAGCAGUAUUGGACAGAAUAUAUUCGCGAAUAAUAAUUACGUUGAUACAUUUCCUGGAAGAUGUACGAUAUGUAAAUCAUAAUUUAUUAUCUGCGUGAAUAUAUUUCUCCCAACACUGAUUCCCAUCGCAUUCAUCAUGGAAUUUUAUUUCAUAAAAAUUAAUAGCCAUCCAACGAAUAAAAUUACCGGUCUUAUGAAUAAAACAUUGAUGUUAAAUACACUUUCCGUGUCGAGAUAUGAACAGGGUAUCUUACAUCUGCGAUAAUAAAAGCAUUAGCAUUUAAUGAAGAAUAUAAUUAAGGUGCAAGAUACACUAUCAUCGAAAACAAAGCCGUGAAAGGGAUUUUCGCGAUUUUCGGCUGAUUUGCGCGGUUGAUGUUCACUGCUCCUUCCUUGUCAGCUAAUAAUGGAACCAGUGGGCGCCGAGCAGCGCCAAGUAUGAGAAUCGACCGAAAGUUUCGGACAUCUUUCCCAGCUCUGAUGCAAAUAAAAAAAAAUUCAAAUAUCUUCUAUCGUGUCUUAGAUUGUGCAACACUUACCAUUAUCGUAAUCAUUGUGUGCGAGAAGAUAGCAAAAUAUUUUGUGACAAGAUAUAGAUAUAAAAAUGCAUAAGAAGCUUCUAGAUAAAAUCAUCACAAUGUUUUUGAUAAAAAUGCUUAAAGCUAUCGCGCUCUUGAAAAGAAGCUCACAAUAUUAUUUUAUAACUUUGAUUUCACUCUGACCUAGCGAAAAGUUUUCAAAAUCUAUCGUAAACAAAUAUUGUAAAUGAAUCUUAUAUAAAUUAUUCUUUCUGUAUAUACAGUCUUAAAUAAUAAAGGAAGAAUUACACACGUGCCCGCGCAAGAAUGAUCUAAUAAUUU